CCUCCAUAGUACUUUUGUUCCCGCGAAAUGAUUUUUGUGUGCAAACUAUAACUUAGUCUACAAGAUCAAUCACUACGCGACGGCUGGUGAAGGUGUAUGUGUGUGCACAUGGAUUGGUGUAAUUAGUUAAACAAAUAUAAAAUUUCAAAAUGGGCGUCGUUGAAAAAACUGAAAAUGUUCGACCAAAGGGUCUGGGCAUCCGUCAUGUACAGACGCUCCUGCUAUUCUUCGCGAUGUUUCUGGCUUUUACCAUGAGAGUCAACAUGAGCAUCGCCAUCGUCGCUAUGACGACCAAAACAAGCGAUAACGUUGAGAUCUUUGACUGGUCACACAGUGUGCAGUCCAUCAUCCUGUCUUCCUUCUUCUGGGGUUACGUGAUCCUUCAGAUUCCUGGUGGCGUCCUGGUGCAGAGGGUCGGUGGGAAAUGGUUGAUCACUAUCGCGGUAGCGGUCAACGCUUUGGUGUCACUGUUUCUGCCAAUUUAUGCUAGUUUGGGUGGCUGGCAAGUAGUAUGCGCCUGCCGAAUCCUCCAAGGCCUGACGCAAGCAUUCGUAUACCCUACCAUGCACCACCUCAUCAGUCAGUGGGUGCCUUUAGAAGAGAAGGGAUUGCUGGCUACCCUCAUUUAUGCUGGUGCCCAGCUUGGAAUAGCAUUCCAGCUGAUCGUGGGCGGCAUCAUAGCAUCAGCUUUGGACUGGCGGGCCAUCUUCUACCUCAAUGCUGCUCUCGGAGCCAUCUGGACCACUUUCUACCUCGUCUUCGGGGCCGCCAGCCCUGAACAGUCCAAGUUUAUAAGCAAGGAGGAGCUGUUGUAUAUACAGAGGUCUUUGGGAAGAGUUGGGCAGCAGAAGCGGUACCCCACACCGUGGCUCAAGAUAAUGAAGUGCCUGCCAUUCUGGGCGGUGAUCGUGGCCCACUGUGGGCAAAACUGGGGCUUCUUCACCCUGAUGACGGAGAUCCCGUCCUACAUGAACAGAGUGCUGGGAUUCGAGAUCAAGAGUAACGGCGUCCUCUCAGCGCUGCCGUACUUGGCGAUGUAUGCCCUGAGUUUCCCCAUGGGCGCCAUGACUGAUCUCAUUCUCAAGAAGCAGUGGCUAAGCGUCUCACAUACUAGGAAACUAUUUAAUUCUAUUGGUCUCUGGGGCCCCGCCGUAGCGCUGAUAGGCCUGUCGUACACGCCUGCAGACAACAUGGUGCUGGCGGUGGCCAUGCUUACCAUCUCCGUGGGCAUCAAUGCUGGACAGUACACUGGGUAUUUGCUUGUCCACAUCGACCUGGCGCCAAACUUCAGCGCCAGUCUCAUGAGCAUCACCAACUUUUUGGCGAACAUCAUAUCCAUCAUUGCUCCACUGGUCUGCGGCUUCAUCAUCAAUGAUGAGACGGACCCAGCAGAAUGGCGGAAGGUUUUCUUCGUGGCGUCGGCCGUUUACUUCUUCAGUAACUUGUUCUUCGUGCUGUACAGCACCUCGGAGAAGCAGCCGUGGAAUGACCCUGAACAGACUGACCCUGAAGUUGAAAUGAAAGCCCCGAACGCGACUACACAAACUGUCGACGCUAAAUAUUAAAAACACUCCUUCCUUAUGUAUGUAUGUAUUUAUAAAUAAAUAAACACUUAAUUUAAGUACCUGACUAACACCAUUUUGUAAAUAAACUAAUUUUAAAUAA